AUGCCGGAAUUCCUGGCCAACCCUGCAUCAUGCCAUGCGAUGAUUGGUAGCCUGGGUAUAACGGAAAAGUAUCUGCAGCACAGCUAUGGAGGUGGCGAUGACGAUGCGGCGACUAUCACUGUCCGCGAUCUGGAGUUUGGCAUUGAAGUUGUCCUUGGCAUGAGCAUGUUGUUUGUAUACACGUUCCGUGACCAGCUGCGGCUGAACUAUUGUUUUAAUGAUGGGUCUGAGGAGCCAUCGAAUAUUCAGACGUACUUGGAUCAGACGCUGAGGGUCUUGGUGGAGGAGUUGUUAGGUUGA